UGCCCACACAAAACCGAAAAUAACCUGUUUUAUUGCUGUCUCUAAUCGUCCCAGUUGGCAAAAUGUAAUUAAAUUUAUUGACAAAAUGCACAAGAAAAUAAAGAAACAUACCGAUCAGAUUAUUCUCGAAUCAUUUUGUAAGGUGAAGAAUUUCAAUAUAGAUAAUAAGAGAUACACCACCUUUUUCAUCAUGAAAAUCGACUAUUUUCUGUUUGAGACGUUUCGUCUUUAUUCAAACUGAGGAUGUCUUUUGAAUAAAGACGAAACGUCUCAAACAGAAAAUAGUCGAUUUUCAUGAUGAAAAAGGUGGUGUAUCUCUUAUUAUCCAGAUUAUUCUCAUAGCGGAUUUAAAUGCAAGACAUCAACAUUGGGGCGAUCAGGUAAACAAAACUGUCAGUAAAAAAUUAUAUGAGAAAAUAAUUGAAUAUGAUCUGGAAAUACCCAAUGAAUUUGGAAUGCCUACCUAUUUUGAUUCACAAGGAUCUAGCAGUAUUAUAGAUUUAACACUCCAUACUGAAGAAUUAUUAUUGUUUAGUCCAAAAUGGUCUGUAGUAAAGCAGCAAUUGAAUCAGACAGAUCAUGAACUCAUUAAAAUUAAUCUGCGCGAUUUAGGGUGUAAAAAAUCAAUGCAGCUCAUGUUACAAUUCCAAAAAAAAGGAUUAGACACAGAGGAUGCUCAGCUGUUUUUGGCUCAUCCAAUAGCAAAAGGUAUUGAUAAAAACCAAAUUAUAUCAGCAGCAUUCCUCGAUGUUAGCAAAGCAUGUAAUAGCACCGAUCCAAAUCUGUUAUUGACUAAACUAAAAGAUUCGGGUAUAUCGUCGACUUUCGUCAGUUUUAUUAGAUCAUUUUGCGAGCCACGACGAGCUUAUAUUUCUAUUGAAAAUGACAUUACAUCAAAAGUUAAACUAUCGAGUUACGGAAUUCCACAAGGAGGCUCAUUAUCGCCAGUCCUAUUUAAUAUUUACAUUAGAUCAAUUUUUAGACCUUCGCCAAAUAACACUAUACUAUUUGAUUAUGCUGAUGACCUGACAGUUACUGUGUCGGGAAAUAAAAGUCGAUAUAAUAUCGAUUACGGUGCGUCUGUAUGGUCAGCUACAUUAGCAAAAUCAUCACUAAAAAUAAUCGAAAAAAUUCAGAAACAAUAUUUGUCCUAUGCUGUCGAUUCAUUUGAAAUCUCAUCACAAGCCAUGGAAGCUGAAUGUAGAAUAUUACCGUUGAGAUUACAUCUAAAAAUGAAAAGACUGAAAAAAGCAGCGUCGAUUAAAUCAAAAGGUCUUUUUAACCCAUUACGAAAAAUCAUUGUGAAAUCAAAAUCAUGCCCAUUGACAAUAAUGAACAAUGAAAUCGAAUCAAGUAUGAUUGUUGAUGAGAAAUUAAAGAUGUGUAUGAAUAAUUUAGAACUAAUUCCGAGAUUUCAACCAUCUCCACCGUCAAUUAUUAGUGAAAUAAAGUGA